GUUUGUGAGUCAGCUGUUUGGUCUGCCAUUUUUAUUUUCCGCCAACUUGGCAUUACAAUUCUACUGCUACUACUACUUCCCACCAGUUGACAUAGAGACAUACUCGAACAUUUACUGACAUUUGUGAGAAUCGUCUUGAAUUCUAGGAAAGCAAGGAUGUCUUCCCAGGCAAGCUUAGACAAGAUGCAGCUCCGUCAAAAUUAUCGGAAUCUCUGGCACUCCGAUCUCGUCUCCACCAUCAGGACCGAUACCCCUUAUUGCUGCCUUGCUUUGUGGUGUGGACCAUGUGUAUCAUACCUACUUCGCAAGCGUGCUCUUUACAAUGACAUGUCAAGGUACGUGUGCUGUGCUGGUUAUAUGCCCUGCAGUGGUCGCUGUGGUGAAAGUAAAUGCCCUGAGUUUUGCCUUGGCACUGAGGUCAUCUGUUGUUUUGGAAAUUCAGUAGCUUCAACUCGCUUUCUCCUGCAAGAUGAGUUUAACAUACAGACGACAAAGUGUGAUAACUGCAUCAUUGGUUUCAUGUUUUGCCUUCAACAAGUCGCCUGCAUAUUUUCCAUUGUUGCAAUGAUAGUUGGAAGUGAUGAACUUUCAGAGGCCUCACAGUUGCUAAACUGUUUGGCUGAUGUGGUCUACUGCACGGUGUGCGCUUGUAUGCAGACACAGCAUAAAAUUGAAAUGGACAAGCGAGAUGGCGUGUUUGGUACACAGCCAAUGUCAAUCCCCCCUGCUCAGCAAAUGUCUCGGCUUGAUCAGCCAUAUCCUCCCACUGUUGGAUAUCCUCCUCCACAGCCCUAUGGGCAACCACAACCUUAUGGCUAUCCACCUCCGCAAGCUCAACCUUAUCCUCCCACAGGUUAUCCUCCACAGGGCUAUCCUCCUGCAGGUUAUCCUCCACAAGGCUAUCCAGCUACCGGCUAUCCGAAGUGAUCAUGUAAGUGCUUGAAUGUAAAUUAAAUAUUUUUAACUGGCAUUAAUCUCAACAAGGAGAGAAACCAAUGGCUGCAACUUGCACCUCUUUUACCAGUAAUUUUGCAUUGGAGAUUUUGUUUGUACAUUGAACAGUGGUUCUUUGUGAUUUACAUCUUUCAUGAUGUUCUGUGGUCCAGAAUUUUGGAGUUCAUCUUUCCAUUCAAUUCAUUGAUUCUGACUUUAAGCAUGCUUCA